AUGGAAGAAGUUCACAAUUAUCCUUUUGAUCCAGUUAUUAAGUUUAAACAGCCAGGACGUAGUUUCUCAUAUAAAAUUAUAAAAGAAGGCACAUAUCCCAAUAAAUCAUCACUGGUUUAUACUCUUCCUCCAAAUAAGUAUCGUAUUCCUGAUAAUUAUGUAGUAGAAACAACCUGGGGUAGAAGUACAAAUCAGUGUACUGUUCAAUGUAUUAUUAAUUAUAAUGAUAGUAAACCAGUUUUUCAAAUAUGUUUUGGAAAAUAUUUUGAAUAUAAGGUUUCUUCAGUUAAAACUGCUACAGAUGCUGCAAAUUUAUUUCAUAAGCAAUAUUCUUCACAAAAAGGAACUAAAACAUCAGGCAUUUAUUUGUUUGGCCUUCAACUUAAAAUAUUGGAUAAGGUAAGAGAUAAAAAACGAUGUGCACAUAUGUUAAAACAAAUUAAUCAAUGUGGCAAUUCUACUCUCACAAGACGAGCUACAUGUAUUGGAAAUCACAUGUUAGCUGAAUUCACUGAGAAAGCACCAAAUUUUUACAAUGUGGAAGAAAUUCCAGUAUUGGAAAAUAUUCGUUACUCUGUCAAUAAUCAUAUCUUUGAUAUCAAUUAUGGAAAUGAAGAUAAAACUAAAAAAAAACAAAAAAUUGAAUCAAUGGUUAGAGUAUUAGAUGAAGAAAACAUUUCAAGAAAUCCUUAUCGACGUUUAUAUGCUAUUGAAUCUCACUUACCUCGUGAAGGAGCAGUAUCAAAAGAACGUCAAAGAAUAAAUAAAAAAAUGGCCCAGCUUAUACCAAUAUCAAUAGUGGACGUAAAUACUAAGAAUCAAGUAGAUCAAUCUGAAAAGGAAGAUAUAGAAGAUGAAGCUAUAGUACAAGAGGUAAUUGAUGCAGUUGGUAAAGGAGGUUAUAGAAAUAUUAAAAAUAUCUUGCAAUAUUUAGUUCCUGAUCUCAUUCAAAAAGGAAUUUUAAAUCCACAUCAGCCAACAAUUAAUCUUCGAAUAUCUGGAGAUGGACGUAAUGUUGGUAGAAAAGUUAAGCAUGUGAUGGUUGCAGUAGCUAUUUUGGAUGACAAGAGUAAAUUAAAUAAGCCAAAUCAUUAUCAUACAACCAUACUUUAUCCUGGAUGUGAAAAUUACGAUUAUUUAUCAAAUGUAAUGGCCCCAUUUUGUCAUGAUUUAAGAAAUUUAAAAGAGCAAGGAUUAGUUAUUAACAAUAUAAAAUGGAAUUUUCAACUUUACUUUUCAUCUGAUUGGAAGUUUUUAGCAACUUGCUUGGGUUUUAAUGGCGCUCACAGUAAGAAUUUUUGUCCUUGGUGCACAAUUAGCAAAUCACAGCAAGGAGACCUAUCAAAGGAAUGGAUAAUUAGCAAGAAUAUAAAUAAAUUAAUUGAGAAGAAUAAUUAUUAUGAAGGACACUCCAGAAAACCUCUUUUUGAUAUGAUACCUCUUAAUCAUUGGAUUCCUGAUGAAUUGCAUGUAAUGUUACGAAUUACUGAUCGAUUGUGGAGUCUCUUGAUAGCAGAAUUAAUAGAACAGGGUUAUUUUAAUGAUAUUGCACGAAAAAUUAUUAUAGACGAAAUGAAAAAAAUUAAAAUAAAUUUUCAAUUUUGGCAAGAUCAAGGAUCUAAAGCAUGGAAUUAUACUUCUUUGAUGGGAGAUGAUAAACUCAAGGUAUUACAAUUUUUUAAUCUAACAAAAAUUCUUCCAAGAAGACGUGCUACUAUGAUACGAGAUUUGUGGAACAAAUUUUAUGAGCUUUAUAUAAAAAUGAAAGAUCCCAUAACAAAAGCUGAAGAUUUUAAAAAUGAUGCAAAAAAUUGGCUUACUUUAUUCUUGACACCAUCUGAAGGUAUUCCAAAUACUCAAGGAUUUAAGAAAGGCUUGUAUCAACCAGAUAAUAUGACGCCAUAUAUUCAUGUGUUAGUUCAUCAUAUUUCUGAAUUUAUGACAAUUCACCAGAAAUGGGGAUUGAAAACUUUUUCAUGUAGCGGUAUUGAAAAAAAAAAUCAUGAACAGGUUUCUUAUUUUUUUCGUAAGACAAUGAAAGAUGGUGGGGGAGGUAAAAAGAAAUCUCAAUCAUUAGCAAUUGUUGAAAUUUUACAACAUGAAAAUCGAAAUCUCUUUUAUAAUCACAAUAAUAUUCCUUUAAGUUACCAAAAUCCCAAAAAAAUUAACAUCAAAACUUAA